CUGUAAAUUUCGAUCCCUUUGGGCAACUAUUUAGGCUUUCAAAAAUUUAUAGCCACCAAACCUUCUUUUGGACUGGACGGUUUCCACGGAGGCAGCUCCCCUCCUCUCUCCCAGUUGGCGGGGGAGCGGGGAGAGUGUUUCCGGAGAGCUCAGGAAUAGGAGGGAAUGUUGACCGGAGAGCACCUGCGCCUGUUCACAGGAGCAGGAACUUGGCUCGAACUGAGUCUGAGAAGAGCCGGAUCUUAACGGAAGGAUUGCCAGUGGAAGAUGGAGGAGUCUGAGGAUGGCGGGCCGGCGCCGGCCCCGGUUUACAUCUACAGUCCUGAGUAUGUCAGGAAGUGCGACUCCUUAUCGAAAGUCCCCAAACGGGCCAGUAUGGUACAUUCUCUGAUUGAAGCAUACGCACUGCAUAAGCACAUGAGAGAUGAAGCAUCUGGUUUUUGUUAUCUCAAUGAUGCUGUCCUGGGAAUAUUACGACUGCGACGGAAAUUUGACCGUAUUCUCUAUGUGGACUUGGAUCUGCACCAUGGCGAUGGUGUACAAGAUGCCUUCAGUUUUACAUCCAAAGUCAUGACUGUAUCAUUACACAAAUUCUCUCCAGGAUUUUUCCCAGGAACAGGUGAUCUGUCUGAUGUUGGCCUAGGGAAAGGACGAUACUAUAGUGUAAAUGUUCCCAUUCAAGAUGGCAUACAGGAUGAGAAAUAUUACCACAUCUGUGAAAGUGUGUUAAAGGAAGUAUACACAGCCUUUAAUCCCGAAGCAGUGGUUUUACAGCUUGGAGCUGAUACAAUGGCUGGGGAUCCCAUGUGUUCUUUUAACAUGACUCCAGUGGGAAUUGGCAAGUGUCUUAAGUACAUCCUUCAGUGGCAAUUGGCAACACUCAUUUUGGGAGGAGGAGGCUACCACCAUGCCAACACAGCUCGAUGCUGGACAUACUUGACCGGGGUCAUACUAGGAAAAACACUAUCCUCUGAGAUCCCUGAUCAUGAGUUUUUCACAGAAUAUGGUCCUGAUUAUGUGCUGGAAAUCACCCCAAGCUGUCGGCUAGACCGCAAUGAGCCCCAUCGAAUCCAGCAAAUCCUCAACUGUAUCAGAGGGAAUUUAAAACAUGUGACCUAGUUCACAAAAAGAUCAGGUUUCCAGAGCUGAGAAGCAGUGCCGGUAAUCAAGACAGCAUGUUUAUGUGAGCAGUUUGUGGAAUUUGUAACUGCAGGGGAAAUUUGGAAGAAAUUACUUCCUGAAGAUUUCCAAGGAGCACCAGUUGGCAGCUGACCUCCUUGGGUGAGGCAAGCAGGCAUCCCAGAGGCUUCUAUUAGGCAUAUGAGAACAGAGAGAUUUCUAAAAAUUAAAGUGUUUCUUUAAAACACGCAGAAAUACAGUUUCUAAUAAUUGAAAAUUAUUUUUAAGCAAGUCGGGGAGGGGGAUAUCUUUAUUUUCUUAAAGGAGGCAGAUUAGAAGCUGAAGGGAGAUGAUGGAGCUUGAGUCACCAGCUGGGUGACGGGAACAGUUGCCAUAACUGCAAGGUCAGUUUGGGCCUCAGAGCCGGGUAGGUGGAGCCCUGGGAGAGUGGGGUUUGUCAGCAGAAGGGGAGAUAGGGAACAGUCCACUUGUGCUCUUUUGAAGGGUUAUGUAUCUAUUUUGUUUUUCAAUAAAAUAUUUGAAAACUUA